AAAUUUAACGUAUCUUGAUUCUUAUGAUUGUUGGUUGGAUUGUUUUUUUUAAUACAAAAAAAAAACUCUGCUGUCACUUUUGUGUCAUAUUUUCGUUGGUUUCUUACAUAAACUGAUCAAAUCGAAAAACACAGGAUUUUCUGCUAAAUAUCGGACUGCAAAAUGUUGCGAUCUGCAGUUGCUCCUGUGCUUCUGAACUCAUGGAAAUCGGUUGUUCCUAAGGGAACAUCGGUAGCAGCAGUAAAUGUGGCUCAAGCUCGUGAAAAAAGUACUCUUCCUGUAGUAGAAAAGGAUAAACCAGAAAAAUUGCCAUAUUCACCGUUUGGCACCAAGCAAUCAAAUUGGGCUGAUUGGACUGUGGCCCGUUUGGACGAUGUCCUGAACUGGGGCCGAAAGGGCUCAAUUUGGCCCCUGACGUUUGGAUUAGCUUGCUGUGCCGUCGAGAUGAUGCACAUCGCAGCCCCUCGUUACGAUAUGGAUCGUUUUGGAGUGGUCUUUCGUGCAUCCCCGAGACAAGCUGAUGUUAUCAUUGUUGCAGGCACUUUAACCAAUAAGAUGGCACCGGCCUUGCGCAAAGUAUACGACCAAAUGCCUGAGCCACGCUGGGUUAUUUCGAUGGGCAGUUGUGCCAACGGAGGAGGAUACUAUCAUUACUCAUACUCCGUGGUCAGGGGGUGUGAUCGGAUUAUCCCCGUCGACAUCUACGUUCCGGGAUGUCCACCGACAGCGGAAGCUUUGCUAUACGGAAUCCUUCAAUUGCAGAAGAAGGUUAAGAGAAUGAAGACCCUGCAGAUGUGGUACAGAAAGUAAAUCUUCUAAUCGAUGUUUAGUUAUUUUAAUGUGAACACAAUAAACGAUUGUAAAUAAAAUGCGAUUGGGUUC